GGCCGAGCUGCCCAUCGCCCGAGUCUCACUGUGCUGGAGUGUGUGUGUGUGUGUGUGUGUGUGUGUGUGUUUAACCUCGGUUUAUUCUUGUUCUUUUUACAUUUAUAAUGUCCGUGAAUUUGAGUAAGAACGGCCCAGCGCUCACAGCCGCCUAUAAAGAGGUGGUGGAUGAGAAAUCCGAGACUAACUGGGCUUUGUUCACCUAUGAAGGAAACACCAAUGACAUCCGUCUGGCCAGUAAAGGGGAUGGGGGUCUGGAGGAGCUAGUGGAGGAGUUGAACAGUGGGAAGGUGAUGUACGCCUUCUGCCGGGUGAAAGACCCCAACUCCGGCCUCCCUAAAUACGUCCUGAUCAACUGGACUGGCGAGGGUGUGAAAGAUGCCAGGAAAGGACUGUGUGCCAACCACGUCAGCUCCAUGGCGAAUUUUCUGAAGGGAGCGCACGUGACUAUAAAUGCUCGUGCAGAGGAGGACGUGGAACCCGAAUCCAUCAUGCAGAAAGUGGCCAAGGCUUCAGGAGCCAAUUAUAGUUUCCACAAAGAGUCCAGCCGCUUCAGAGACACAGGACCUCAGGGACCUGUGGGAUCUGUGUAUCAGAAGACCAACGCAAUGUCUGAAAUCAAGAGAACCAACAAGGAUAACUUCUGGGCACAAGCAGAGAAAGAUGAAGAGAAGCGCCGACAGGAGGAGAGGAAGAAGUUGGAGGAGGAGCGCCAGGUGCUGGAGAAGGAGAGGAAAGAUCGUGAGGUCAAGGAGGCUGCGCUGAGGGAGAAGGCAGCCAAGGAGCGAGCCUCUCAGAUCGAUGAGCAGAGGAAGUACCAACAGCAGCUUGAGAGCCAGCAGAAAAAACAGCAGGAAGAGGACGAGCCAGCUGCCAAACCCAAAGGCUAUAAGCGUGCAGAAUCUGUGGAAAAAGCCAAUGAGGCUGCUGCUCUCAUCUCCCAGCGUUCUUUGAACCCCAGAGAAAUGUUCCAGCAGAGAGAGAAAGGCAUGGCAGCCAGCAGCCCAGACAACACACCAUCCAGCCCACAGCCUGGGCGGUUGAAAAGCCCUUUUCUCUCUAAGCAGCCUUAUGAGCCCGAGCCUCCUCGCUCUCCUGUGCACCAAGCCUCACCUGUACGAGCCACAGAAGCCAGAGUUGUGGAGUCUCACACUGAUUAUGAGGAACCAGAUGCUGAUGCCGAGUACGAAGAAGUGGAGCCAGUGAAUGACCAGUACAGCUCUCAUGUGGAACAGCAGCAGCAUGAAGCGGUAACAGAGCCGGAGAACCUUUAUGAGGACCCACAGCAGGAGCAGCAGAAUCUGUAUGAAGGUGAUCGUGGUACCUGUGCUCGAGCGCUGUACGACUACCAGGCAGCUGAUGACACCGAGAUCUCCUUUGACCCAGAUGACAUAAUUGCCGGGAUCGAGAUGAUUGAUGAAGGCUGGUGGCGAGGCUACGGUCCGGACGGCCAUUUCGGAAUGUUCCCGGCCAAUUACGUCGAGCUCCUCUAAGCGUCUCAACCGAUCACGUGUGGGCGACGUCGGCUUUGCCCCGCCCCACAGUUAGUCACCUAGGGAAACGGGUCCGUUGUAUGUAAUUGGACAGACUGAAAAGAAAAGCAUUGAUCAACGAAUGAAAAGAACUUUGUUUUUGUUUUUUUUGUUUGUUUGUUUUUUAAAAAACAUUAAUACUGUGCUCACUGGCUAACAAAAGAAUUGUGUGUGUGUGUGUGAUGGAGUAAAUAGUUGGUGUUAUUUUAUCAUGUUAAUCUGGAAUAUUCCAUGGAUCACACAGCAUUCGUGUUUUAUAUUACUGUAAUUUUUGAAUAAAUUCCUUUUUUGUUUUUUUCUUUCUUUUCUUUCUUUUUUUUUACUUUUCCAAAUCUGGACCGAAAUCCUGUUUGAGACGCUCGAUUUUCAUUCGCUUAUUGGAUUUAGAUUUAGAGAGAUUUAUUUCUGAUGUGGUUUUGUUUUUGCCUUUUUCCUCACAUUUUGGAGCAGUGAAAUGCCUCAUCUGAUGAUCUGGACCCAGGUGCUCGAGGAACCUAGAUACUGGUCUGAUGAUUUUCCUGCCUUUCAGGGGCUGAACCGUCACGCUAAUCCGGCACGACCUUAUCGUAGCCUUCCUGUCUGCUCUGAAAUGUGGUGGAAAAAAAAUAAAUACUGUGAUGUUCUUUUGCUUCUUUUCAGUUUCAGGGAACAAUCAUGAAACGGUCAUAAACUAAUCUUUUGGCUUCCCUUUGCAUCGCCUGAUUAAUUUCCACCACAAGUCGCACGGUUCUGGAGGACCCACACGGUUAUUUGCUGUGAAGCGCCGUGCCUGUCGGAGAGCGACUUGGGGUGGACGUGAUGUUUUAUUUUUUAAAAUGUAAUAUUAGAACAUUAGAUUGUAUGCAGAGUGAUCAUCUGACUACCAGCAGGAGCCUGGUUCCUUCAGAUUAUUGUGAUCUUUAAGCAGAACGAUUAAAUAAAGGAAGUGAAAAUACA